AUGUUGAGGUUAAACUUUAAGCAAAGAGGUUUCAAACUUUCUAAGGGAGUUCCUGUCGAGUUUCGAUAUUUUAGGGGUUUGAAUUUAAUUAGCAGUAAAUGUCACUAUUCAACGUUCACACCAGCAGAACCAUUGAGCAUUCAUGAUAUUAAUCAGCAAACUGUUGAAGCAAAGUAUGCUGUUAGAGGAAAAAUUCCAAUCAUUGCUGAAGGUUUACAAGAGUUGAUCAAACUGUCCCCUACAAAUCAUGGAUUACCUUUCAAUAGAAUAAUUAAUGCUAACAUUGGUAACCCUCAGCAAUUGGAUCAAAAACCUUUGACCUGGUAUAGACAGGUACUAUCAAUUUUACAAUACCCUGAGCUAUUGAAUGAAGAAGGGAUAAAGUUCCCAAACGAUGUGAAAGAAAGAGCUAAAGCAAUAUUGAAGAAUGUUGGAUCAAUUGGUGCAUACUCUCAUUCUCAAGGUGCUGCAUAUUUUAGACAAUCUGUUGCUGAUUUUAUAUCUAAAAGAGACGGGUUUCCAGCAAAUGCACAAGAUAUCUUUUUGACUUCAGGGGCUUCAACUGCUGUUUCCUAUCUAAUUCAGUUAUUAUCACAGAACGAAAAAUCUGGAUUUUUAAUUCCUAUACCUCAGUAUCCUCUUUACACAGCGUCAAUUGCAUUAAAUAAUUCAAAACCGGUUGGUUAUUAUUUGGAUGAAUCGAAUCAAUGGUCAACUAAUCCUAAAGAGAUUCGUCAAUUACUUAAAGAAAAAGUCAAAGAUGGUAUAAUUAUCAAAGCUUUAGUAGUAAUAAAUCCAGGAAAUCCAACUGGUGGUAUAUUGUCAAAACAAGACAUGGUAGAGUUGAUAGACAUUUGUGCUGAGCAUGGGAUUGUUUUAAUUGCAGAUGAAGUGUAUCAAGAAAAUGUUUUUGAUGGUAAAUUCUUAUCAUUCAAACGUGUCUUAUCGGAGAUGAAAAAGAACUCACCACACUUGUAUAAAUAUGUCCAAUUAGCUUCAUUACAUUCCACUUCCAAAGGUGUUACUGGUGAAUGUGGUCAACGUGGUGGUUACAUGGAAUUAGUUGGAUUUAAACCAGCUGUGAAAGAUAUUAUUUUCAAAUUGGCUUCAAUUAACUUAUGUUCUGUAGUCUCAGGUCAGGCCAUGGUGGAAUUAAUGGUAAACCCGCCAAAGGAAGGAGAUGAGUCGUAUGCAAGAUACAUAUCAGAGACAAAUGAGAUUCAUGACGACUUAAAAGUCCGAGCAGAACAUCUUUUCAAGGCAUUUAGCGAAAUGGAAGACAUUCUGGUAGAUAAACCACAAGGUGCUAUGUAUAUCUUUCCAAAAUUAAACUUCAAACCUGAUGUAUAUCAUAAAUUAUUUUCAAGAGCUAAAAAUUCAAAUUUACAAAUUGAUGAUGUUUAUUGCAUUGAAUUAUUGGAGCAUACUGGAAUCUGUUGUGUUCCAGGUAAUGGAUUUGGACAAAGACCUGGAACUUAUCAUUUAAGAACCACGUUUUUACCUCCAGGAGUUGAAUGGGUUGAGAGAUGGAAAGAUUUUCAUUAUUCUUUUGUCAACAAGUAUAAAGAUAUGACCUUGAUGUAA